GAAGCAUAACCUAAGCUCUAAACUCUGCAGAUUUAUAGCAUCAUCUUCUCUACGCAUAUAUGGUUUGCAGCAAAUAGACAAUGACUUGGUAGAAACAAGUAUAUUCUUCACACACAUUUGAAAAUAAAGAAAUCCCUGAAAGCCGGCCUAUUAGAAACUCAUAUAUAUAGAGCCUAAGGAUCAACUUCUGGUUCAAAUCUUAUACCCUUUUCCCAAAGUAUCACAAGUUUUUAUCUCUAGUUAGUUAGGAGGGUAACAUUAUGACAAAACCUUUCAAACUUCGCCUUCGACUUCCUUAUUUUCAGCUAUGCCGUAAUAUAUCAUCUUCUGUUCUGGCUAACAGGUCUGCCUCUACUCGCACUUCUUCGAUUCCUGUGAAAACUGAAGCACUUGAUACUUCUAGUUCUAUGUAUCCAAUGUCACCUGCCCCACCACCAUCUUCUCCAGAUCAUUCUUCGUCGUUUAAGCGCAAUGUUGCAUCCAAAAUCAUACCAAUUGGGAUGGACACUGGAGGGCAUUCAAGCUCAUGCACGGCCUAUGAUGCUUAUAUAGAUGACAUGGAUUCAUCACCGGCUUACAAGCACAAUAGCACUUUUGGAAAACUGUAUAAUUCUCCAGCAAAUUUUGAGGAGUUCGAUGCGAGCUUCUGGCCUGUUGAAUCUUCAAAUGCAGAGAAAUUUCACAGAAAGAAAAGCAUCAGCUCGUUAAAGGACCAGUCGGCUACAAGUCUUAGCAUGAGCGUUUCAUCACCAGCUCAUAGCCGUUGGUUCAGUAGUGAAGAUGAAGAUGAAGAUGAUAAUGAAAGUGAAGGUCAGUUGUCUUCUUGUUCCAGCUUGAGCUCUUUAUCUGACUUUGGUCAUCUGGUGAAGAACCAGGUUGAUCACAAGUGCACAAAUGGAAAUGGUCGCAAAAUAAUGAAGAAAGAAAGUAAAGUGAGGAAGCCGAAGGUCAUGAAUGCAUCGAAUAGUUGGAAAGAUGGAGACAAAAUAAAAGUAUCAGCCACAGCAAUGAUGCGGCGAGAGAGUGAUUCAUCGUCUGGCAGGAAGGUCUUGGGACGUUUACUUCCUUGUGGGGUGGAUGGGAAAGUGAAGGAAAGCUAUGCUAUCAUGAAGAAAUCAGCAGAUCCGUUUGAUGAUUUCAAGAUGUCUAUGUUGGAAAUGAUAAGGGAGAAACAGAUUUCUGAGCAAGAAGAUCUGGAGAAGCUGUUAAUGUGUUUCCUGUCUCUAAAUGCAAAGGAUCACCAUGCCGUGAUCGUGGCAGCAUUUACAGAGGUAUGGGAAGAAUUAUAUGCUUCUAGGUGAGAAGGUAGAAGAAGAAUCCCUAAAUCACCAGUUCUGCUUGCUAUCCUCUUACUCCAAAACUCUGUAUCAAAUUUUAUUCAUUUAUUCAUUUCCCCCAAUGUGUUGUAGUUCCUUUAUUACUGAGUUCAAGCAGAAAUGUAAUUUGGCCUCUUGGUGGUAUUUCGUCUGUAUUUGUAUAUGAAAGUUGUACAAUUUGGUAAACUGUUUGUAGAUAGUUCACGCUAAAUGGAUACUUCUAUCUGCUGGUUCACUGAAUCUUGUGGAUUACCCUCCAUAGAGGUAGAGGCACUACAUACCCUUUCUUUCUGUCCAUUUGUUGGUGUAUUACGCGCUCCUUAUCAUACAGA